AUGCGCUUUCAAGCCGCAGAACCAAUGUCCGAUCUCCUGCCCCCUACCCUCCAGUUUGAGGGCACCGAGGAGGGCUACGACAAUGUUCGCUACACGCGCUGCAACAACAACCCCAGCCAGACCGCGGUGGCGGCACACCUGGCCGCGCUGGAGGGCACAGAGGCGGCGCUCCCGGUGGCAUCCGGCAUGGCUGCGAUCAGCUCAACUCUGCUGGCCCUGUUGGAGCCAGGCGCGCACAUCCUCAUCGUGCGCGGCCCGUACGGCGGCACGCACGAUCUGGUGGCGUCCCUCCUGAAGAAGUGGGGCGUGACGUCCAGCGCGGUGUCCCCUGAGGACGGCCCGGAGCAGUGGGAGGCGCUGCUGCAGCCCGGCAAGACGCGGCUGUUCUACGCUGAGGCCAUCAGCAACCCGCUGUGCGAGGUGUACGACCUGGCAGGCAUUGCCAAGUUUGCCAGGGAGCACAAGCUGCUCAGCGUCAUCGACGCGACGUUUGCGUCGCCGGUGAACCUGCAGCCGGCCAAGCUGGGCUUUGACAUCACCCUGCACAGCGCCACAAAGUACCUCAACGGCCACAGCGACCUGAUCGCCGGGGUGGUGCUGGGGGGACAGGAGCUCAUCGAGACCAUCCGCGUCACGGCAAACGUCCUGGGCCCUGCGAUCGACCCGCACUCGUGUUUCCUGCUGUCCCGGGGGCUGCGCACCCUGGGGCUUCGCGUGGAGCAGCAGAAUCGCAACGCCCUGGCCCUGGCCCAGUUCCUGUCGGAGGCGGGCCCCAAGGUGGCGGCGGUCCACUACCCGGGCCUGAAGUCCAGCAAGCACCACAAGCGCGCUGCUGAGCUCUUCACCAACGGCGGCUGCGGGGGUGUGUUCAGCUUUGAGCUGGCAGGAGGGGUGGAUGCAGCGGAGGCGUUCCUGAAGCGGCUCCAGCUGCCGCUGGUGGCGCCUUCCCUGGGGGGCGUUGAAUCGCUAGUCACGCGGCCAGCAACGACGUCCCAUGCGGGGCUGACCGCCAAGGAGCGUGCGGCAGCCGGUAUAUCAGACGGCCUGAUCCGCGUGGCCGUGGGCGUUGAGGCGACGGGAGACCUGCUGGACGACUUCAGCCAGGCCUUGGCGGCGGUGCCAGGCGCUGCAUGA